UUCUGCUUUCUUUUCUCCCUUUCCGCGUUGUGCUCCGCUUUGGAGGCCGGUUCUGGUUCUUUUUUAUUUGUUCGAUACUUUGAGAAAUCAUAGUAUGGCAUACACGAUUCAGUCCGGAAUAAAGAAGAAGGUCUGCUAUUAUUAUGAUGGUGACAUUGGUAACUACUAUUAUGGACAAGGUCAUCCAAUGAAACCUCACAGAAUCCGUAUGACUCACAAUCUCCUUCUGAAUUAUGGUCUUUAUAGGAAAAUGGAAAUAUAUAGACCACAUAAAGCUACAGCAGAAGAAAUGACAAAGUACCAUAGUGAUGAUUACAUUAAAUUCUUAAGGUCAAUAAGACCUGAAAACAUGUCUGAAUACAGCAAGCAAAUGCAACGAUUUAACGUUGGUGAAGACUGUCCUGUGUUUGAUGGUUUAUUUGAAUUUUGUCAGUUGUCGACAGGUGGAUCAGCUGCUGGUGCAGUGAAGUUGAACAGGCAACAGACAGACAUUGCUGUUAACUGGGCUGGAGGACUUCACCACGCUAAAAAGUCGGAGGCUUCGGGUUUCUGCUAUGUGAAUGAUAUUGUUCUUGGCAUACUAGAGUUAUUAAAAUAUCAUCAGAGAGUUUUGUACAUUGAUAUUGAUAUUCAUCAUGGGGAUGGUGUUGAAGAAGCAUUUUAUACAACAGACCGCGUAAUGACAGUCUCAUUCCACAAAUAUGGGGAGUAUUUUCCUGGAACUGGUGACCUGAGAGAUAUUGGAGCAGGAAAAGGAAAAUAUUAUGCAGUCAACUUUCCCCUUAGGGAUGGAAUAGAUGAUGAAUCCUAUGAACAAAUAUUUAAACCGUUAAUUUCAAAAGUCAUGGAAAUGUACCAACCUAGUGCCGUGGUUCUUCAGUGUGGUGCAGAUUCUUUGUCUGGUGAUCGUCUUGGUUGUUUUAAUCUCACAAUUAAAGGUCAUGCUAAGUGUGUUGAGUUUGUAAAGACAUUUAAUCUUCCCUUGCUAAUGCUUGGGGGUGGAGGCUACACAAUCCGGAAUGUUGCACGAUGCUGGACAUAUGAGACUGCUGUUGCAUUGGAUACUGACAUACCCAAUGAACUGCCUUAUAAUGACUAUUUUGAAUACUUUGGACCAGACUUUAAAUUACACAUUAGUCCUUCCAACAUGACAAACCAGAACACCCUAGAGUAUAUGGACAAGAUCAAACAACGUCUCUUUGAAAACUUGCGCAUGUUGCCGCAUGCACCAGGAGUACAGAUGCAGUCUAUUCCUGAAGAUAUUGUUGCUGAUGACAGUGGAGAUGAAGAGGAAGAUGAUUCAGACAAACGCAUUUCAAUUCGAGCAUCAGAUAAAAGAAUUGCGUGUGAUGAAGAAUUUUCUGAUUCUGAGGAUGAAGGGGAAGGUGGUCGUAGAAAUGUUGCAAACCAUAAAAAAGUUACAAAAAGGCCAAGGAUGGAAGAAGACAAAAAGGAAUCAGAAGAAAAAAAAUCAGAAUCAAAAGAGGAUGAAAAAUCUAAAGAAAGCAGUUCUGAUAAAAUGGACACAAAAGGCGUCAAGACAGAACAACCCAGCAGUGCUUGAAACGUUCCAUGCCUGGAGGUUUAUGAAACGAAUCCUGGAAAUGGAAGUUGUUUACUUAAAUUUGUCCAACAUAAAAGAACUGUAUUUAUUUUAAACAAUAUUUUAGAUGUGGGUGCAUUUAGAAAACCAACGACUAAAUCUAGUUUGCCUUUGAUGAAUUAAAAGGAGUUGUUUUCUAUUGUACUGUCUUGUAUAGGAUUAAAGUGGUCGUUUGCCUUUA